GCCCUCGCUCGCCAACGUAACCACACCAAGCGAUCCGGUCCUCUGUGCAGCCGGGACACGAUGGGGCGCGUCGAUUCUAACUCCGGCGAGCGAGCGUUCUCGAUCCAGAGAUGCGUCGGGAUGCUCCACCAGAACAAGCACGUCGCUCGCGAGGAAGGCCUCAAGGACCUCGUCGCGGCGCUCGAGGGCUUCGUGCCCUCCGACGAGAUCGCCGACCCCCUGUACGAGCAGGCCCUGGACCGCUGCUUCUCCUUCCUCAACAUCGGCGGGUCCGGCAAGGAGCGCAAGGACGCCUACCGCGCCAUCGGCAUCUACGCGCUCACCGUCGUCGGCUCCAAGGCGCAGACCCUCCUCGACAGGCUCUUCGACCUCGACGGAAUCUUCGCCGGGAUGGCCCCCUCGUCGGCCGCCGACGCGGAGCGGGCCGUGGCCGCCAUCAACUGCCUCGUCGCCGUCACGCUGGUCUGCGAGAAGAAGGCGGCGUGCGCGAAGAGGACCCUCAAGGCCAUCUGCGACGUGAUCGACCAAACCGGCCUCCCGCAGGUCCUGGCCGCCGCCUUGUCCGCGUGGACGCUCCUCCUCCCCAGGGCCAGCAACCUGCGUGCCAUGACCCCGUUCAAAGUCAUCGCGAAGCACCUCAAGGCGGACGACCCCGCCGUCCGGAUGGCCGCGGGGGAGGCCCUGGCCGUGUGCUUCGAGCUCAACCACCGGCCUUACCAGCCCGACCCGCCCCCGGCGUAUCGGUACCACUACUACAGACCGCGGGAACCUAAACCCGAGGACAGGCCGUCGCUGGAGAGCAGAGUAGCGGAGCUCGCCGUCGGUGUAGAAGCGCACAAGAAGCAGCACGCCGAGGAGAGGAUCCUGUUCCGGUGGAUCAAAGACCUCCUCGAAGACAAUCCGCCUGGCCCGGACGAUGAUAAUGAUGAGUAUGAUUCUGAUGAUGAGGAAGAGGGGGAAGAGGAGGAGUCGAGUGGGCUCCGUGUAAGGGUCAACAAGACGACGUGGUCGAAGCUGGUCCUGCUCAACUUCCUCAGGCAGUACCUCGGCGAGGAGGGCUUCGCCUCGCACUCCCAGCUCAACCGCCCACUCUUCCGGGACACCCUGGGACUCACCACGGCUGCCGAGCAAAAGAAGAGCCUGCCAGCCCAGGAGAUAAAGCAGGUCAGGAACGGCAGAGAUAAGCAGCGCACCAAGGAAAUAAAGAAGGAUCGACAGAACAAGACCAAACAAUAUUAUUGACUAAAACGCUCAAUUUACUUAUUUUGGAACUCAAUUCUAGUAGCAUUGGUGUACUAGUAGUACUGUAGUAUUUGUUGAGAUGGAUUCGGUUCAUCUUUCUAGCUAAAUGCAUGUUUUCUUUGUUUAAUUCGUUUGAAAAUUCUCAAGGA